GGUGCGCGGAGACUUUUGUAUGAGUUCCUUAGGAAGAGACAGAAGAUGACAACAAGUUUAAAACAGUCUUUAAAGAAACACUUUGGAUUUGAUACAUUUCGGUCGAAACUACAGGAAGAUGUUGUCAAAUCUGUUAUCAAGGGUGACAGGGAUGUUUUUGUAUGCAUGCCUACUGGAGCAGGAAAGUCUCUCUGCUACCAGCUACCUGCAGUCCUGUCUGAGGGAAUUACUCUGGUUAUAUCCCCGCUAAUCGCCCUUAUUCAGGACCAAGUGGACCGCCUAAAGAGUCUAAACAUCCCCGCCUGUUCUAUCAACUCCAAGCUUCCCGUGGGUGAGCGCCGCCUCAUCUUGGCUGACUUGGGAAGCAGAAGCCCCAAACUGAAGCUGCUCUACAUCACCCCUGAAAUGGUUGCCUCUCCCUCCUUCCAGCCCUGCCUUACAGACCUGUGCUCCCGCGGCCUCUUGUCUUACCUGGCCGUGGACGAGGCUCACUGCGUCUCCCAGUGGGGACACGACUUCCGGCCGGACUACCUCAAACUGGGCGAGCUGCGGGCCCGAAUGCCAGGGGUUCCCUGUUUGGCCCUGACUGCCACAGCACCAAAGAACGUACAAGAGGACAUUGUGAAGUCCCUGGGGCUGCAGUCACCACUGUCCUUCAUGACACCUGUCUUCCGCAGUAACUUGCACUACGAUGUGAUUUUCAGGGAGCUGCUGCCGAACCCGUAUGUUCACCUCCAUGCCUUCAUUAAGAAGUCACUGGACAGCAGCUCUAAUGAACAGGGUUGUGGGAUUGUUUACUGUCGAACCAGAGAAGGAUGUGAAACUGUCGCCUAUCAGCUGACCAAGCUUGGAGUUGUGUCCAAGCCUUAUCAUGCAGGUCUAAAGGCAGGAGAGCGAACAGAGGUGCAGAAUGAGUGGAUGCAGGGGAAGGUGCUGGUUAUUGUUGCCACCAUAAGCUUCGGUAUGGGAGUAGACAAGGCCAAUGUCAGAUUUGUAGCUCAUUGGAACCUGGCAAAGUCCCUGGCCAGUUAUUACCAAGAGUCAGGGCGUGCUGGACGAGACGGGCUUCCCUCCUCCUGUCGCACAUACUACUCACAGAAAGACAAGGAGCAGCUCAACUUCCUCAUCCGACAGGAAGUUGGACGCAGACAGGAGAAACGCGGCACAGCAAAGGAGAGUGACAAAUCAGCCAUUAAAGACUUUGAAGCCAUGGUGUCAUUCUGUGAGCAAGAAGGUUGCCGCCAUGCCACCAUCUCCAAGUUCUUCGGGGACCAGACGCCAAACUGUGCCGGCGCCUGUGACUUCUGUAAAAACCCCAAAAUCGUCCGAGCUCAGCUGGCACGAGCGGCCGCGCUCAGUACUAAAACCGAAGCUGCGAGCAAAGAGCCUAAAGGAGCGUUCGGAUUCUACCCGGAGCAGUACGAAGGAGGAAAGAAGGGCUACGGCUUUGAAAGGUAUGAUGAACCUGAAGCUGGUAGCAGUGAAGACGACAGUGCAAAGAGGAAAAAGGACUUUUCUGAUCUCUAUAAGAAGCAGAUGGGCCUUAGAAAAGGAGCAGACACUCAGAGAGAAGACUUUAUUCCUCCAGAUGCUGACUGUCCGCUCAGAGACGCCUCCAGCCAGAGGAUCCCCAGACUCACUGUGAAGGUCAGAGAGCACUGCCUGUCUUUGUUGCAGGAGGCGGCAUAUGGCCACCAGAGGGCAGAAGAUGCAUUCAACUGUGACCCCCUGUCUCUGGCCCUGGAUAUCGAAUAUGAAAUUUUUAAAAGCAGCAAGUCAUCGAACUUGUACAGAGCUGCUAUUCUAAAGAGGGUAUCAGAGAUGAAGAAAACAACUCCUGCCUCUGCUGGAGGAGAAUGUGCAGAAGGAGAAAGGAGUGACAGUGAAUCUAGAGAAACUGAGACAAAAAUUCAUGAAGCAACCACCUCCUCUUCAUCGACCUGUCCCGAGGAGCUGCAUGGGUUCACGUCUGCAUCACAGAUCUACUCAAUGAAGCGGAAAAGAGUAGGAGCAGGCCAGAGAGGCUCGUCCAAUCCCUUCCAGACAGCCAAGGAUCUUAUGCUGGCAAGUGAGACCAACAAGGAGAUACAGAGCGGCGGAUUUAUCAGUGCAGGAAAUUCAGACAUGGACGCAGCUUUGGCUGUGACAUCAUCUAUCAGAGCCAGAGCGAGCGCCAUCGCGGCAACUCUGAACAGCCCAACAAAGACAGGAAGAACCAUGAGCAAGAAACAGCAGAAGUUGGCUGAAGCAGCAAAGAGUUCUCGCAAUAUUUCCCAGUAUUUUAAAAAGAAAGAGACAGUGGAGGAGAGACAGGAGGAAACAGAGACAGAGGAGACAGAGGCCCCUAACGGAUUUGAUGUUACAUUUGCUGAUGCUGAAGCUGAGGCUGAGGCUGAAGCUACUCCAGAAAACGGUGACCAGCAGGGGGAGCACAGUUCAGAGGAAUCAGACAUUUAUGAAGUGAUACAAGAAGAAAAGAAAAAAGAAAUAAUACUUAUACCAGAUGAUGAUGAGGAGGAGGAAGGAACUAAAAUAACAGAGAUUCAAGAGCAGGAAAUGGAGCAGGAGCAGGUUCAAGACACAUCCAAAGAGUCAAUUACAGAAGAAAACAAACCAGAAAAAGAAGCUAAAUCACCUCUAAUAACAGAGUCUACAGAGGAUAAAAAGGUGAACAACGAGCACUCUCCUCCAGCAAAGCGCAGACGCCCUGCAGAUGGACGUAGUAAAAGAGUAACAUUCAACCCCGAAGUGCAGGAGAAGGUGCUGCACCCUGUAAAAGCAACACCUCCAUCUGUGUCACUGAAGGAAGCAGCUGACAUCGUGGUCAGAUGCCUGGACCCCUUUUACUCUCAGGGAAAGUUUGCCACUAAGGAGCUGUUUAAGUCCUUCGCACGCUACUUGUCUCACCUUCUUGCAGAGCGGAAGAUUCUGGAGAAAGACCAAGUUAAAGCGGAAGCAAAAGCUCUCAUCAAGACGUUCUUCAGCAGAGUGAAGCGCUGUGAGAACGAGGCUGACUGGAAGCACCUUAAAUGACCACACAGCUGUGAUGGGAAGGGAAAUAAAGCCAUGUUUAAAGGGUGAAACCCUUCCUCUUUGAUUGUGCCUAAGCUUCCCUUUUCCAGUUAUCUCAGGCUUAAACACAGACUUUGGCCACAGAAAUGUACGUUUGAUUUGCUGCUAGAGUUCUGCUUUUACUGUGUCAAUAAUUAAGCAAUAUCAAGUCCACUGUAAAAGAAGA